UGGGUUUUGCCAGGUACAUUUGUAGCCCCGGACAGCCUACGAGAGAACCCCGUAGACUAUGUGUUCGUGACGGACCACCUCAGCAUUAUACUACUGCUGUUAUCUUUCUACCGUUUCCCUAUCAUAUUCUUUUACUUUUGUCAAAUUUUAAGAAGGGGGUUUUUCUUUUUGCUGGUUAUUGUUUUUCAUCUGGCCCUCUAACCGAGCCCACGCGCCUUCCGUCUUGCCUUUCUUAGUAGGUCAAGGUUAGACACUAUGCCGCCAAAGCCAAUUCCGACACACUUUCUGUGUAUACCUUUAGUCACGGCCUCUUCCAGACCUCAGUUAGCCGCCAGUGUAGGAAUAUUCAAGCAAGAUGUCACAAGUCCAGAUAGCUUCGCCAUCCCAUCCGGGGCUAUUCGACCCGUUGGAACCUUGCAUCUUACUUUGGGUGUCAUGAGUUUCCCGAAGAAUGAGGGUGUCGAGAAGGCUGUCGAAGUACUCAAGACGAUUCUUCCUCGGAAAAUCUUGUCCGAAAUCAAGGCAGAUGAUCCCACAACACCAGCGUCAAAUCCCGAGGCGGAAACGCUUACAGGUUCGCAACGGCCGCUUUUAUCCAUGACACUGAAAGGCCUACACUCUAUGCAAUCUCCAUCAAAGGCGACAACCCUUUACGCAUCGCCAGUAGAUCCUGAUGGCACACUACAGAAGUUUUGCGAGAAGCUGAAAGGGGCAUUUGAAGAAAAUGGCAUCAUGGUCACUGACAAGAGGCCAUUGCUUCUACACGCUACCAUCGUAAAUACGAUCUACGUAAAGGGCAGACGCCAAGGGAAGAAUCGAGAAAAGGUCACGAUCGAUGCACGUGAGAUUAUAGAUCGGUACGAAGAUCAAAUUUGGUCGGAAGAUAUACCACUUGAAAAGAUCGCAAUCUGUCGGAUGGGAGCUAAGGACUCUGAAGAUGGACAGGACCAAGCCUAUGAGAUAGAGGCAGAAAUCGAUGCUGAGAGUUCCAAAUAGUUCUCGACCUUUGAAGACGUUUUCCUGGCCCGAAUUCUAAAAUUUCAACCAGAUCAUCUUCACGGCUUUACAUCAUAAUGCGACACGGUUCAUGUACCUCAAUAUAUGAGGGUGAUCUCUUGGCCAGAACAUGGGUCAUGUAUGUUUGCUGACAAACCGGGGGACAUACUUGUCAGAUUCCGUCAGAUUCAGUUUAUAGAAUUGCGGCCUACGUUUGGUCAAACUUUAUAUAUAUAGAAC